AUGGAACGACCCUCAGCCCCGCUGCCGCCGCGGUACUGGCCGGGCGUCGUUCGAAAGCCGCGGCCGCGCGCGGACGGGAAGCCUCUGCGCGGGCGACGGCCGUCCCCGGCGACGAUCAAGAAGCGCGCCGCCGACGCGAAGCCGCGCGCCGUCGCGCGCGUCAAGGCGGCGGCGACGACGACGGCGGUGUCGCGCGACGCUUCGGACGACGCGUCGGACGACGACGACGACGACGACGACGACGCCGUCGACGACGACGCGUCGAUAAAAGGCGGGUUCAAGUUCAACUCGCAGUCGAAGCGGACGCAGUCGCUCAGGGACUGGCUCGUCGCGCACUUCGACUCGCCGUAUCCGGAGGAGCGCGACAAGGAGAGGAUGGCCGCCGCGAGCGGGAUGACGAGAGCGCAGGUCGGGAACUGGUUCAUCAACGCGCGCGUGAGGAUUUGGCGGCCGCUCGUGAUGCAGCUCGGGGAGGAGGUGAGACUGCUUCCCAUACGACCCCGUUCGCGUGGUGAACGCCGUUCCUUAAGGACUUUUCCCGUCGUCACUCUUCACCCGCGUUUCCUUUUCAACGCUUGA